AUGUUGGAAAACCGCGAUUGGUUGAUUGGCACCGUAAGUGAUCGACUGCUCGGUGGAUCGUACACGUGUUAUUACAACGUAUUUAUUGCCGAUGGCUAUGAACCUAUAACUAAUCUACUGCAAAGUUUGAGCUAUUGGCACUACGAUUCGUCAGGCCGAAGUCUUCUUGUGAUAGACAGCAACAUAAGCAUACAGUCCAUAACCAAAAUUAUGAAAAUGCUCUGGAAGCUCCGUAUCGUGAAUGUAGUGGUGAUCGUUUCCGCGUCAUAUGCCCCAGGAUUCAUCGCAUACGAAUAUGAUCCUUACCGAGAAGAAAAGUGUGAAGUGAUAGAACCAAUCUUAUUGGAUCGAUUUCAUCAUGGCCGCUGGGGAAGCUUACACACGUGGUUUUCGCCGCGUUUUAGGAACUUCAACGGAUGUAGCCUAAAUGUUGGAACAUUCGUAACCAAACCAUAUUCGAUGAUUCGCAAAGAAGGCAACGAUUCAGUUCGGUUUGGCAUGGAGAUUACGAUAGCGGAAAACAUUGCCGAAUGGUUUAAUUUCACGAUAGCGUAUAAAACUCCGCACGGUACAGUGAAAUGGGGAAUCCCUAGGGCCCGAAACAGUACCGGACUCAUGGGCAUGAUACAGCGCCAUGAGGUUGAGUUUGGAUUUGGCAGCCUCGGAUUCAACGUGUUUCGUAACAAAUAUUUAAAAAUGGGCAAACCAUCCAUUAUGUCACAGCUCAAUGUGGCCAUUCCUGCGGACAAACCUUACACAUCGUUGGAGAAACUUAGCAAACCCUUCGCACCUGCUGCCUGGUUGUGCAUUAUUUUGUGCUACUUACUUUUCAGCACUGUAACUCUUCUGCUUUUCGACUCCAAGUUUGUCACACCGAUCGAGCGUUUCCGCAAUCCAGGCUAUAAUCUCUGGGAGCUGCUAAUGGGAGGACCAUCGAUGAAUUUUCAACGCACUAGCUUGCGAAUUUUUAUCACUGGCUUUGUGCUGAACGCUUUAGUAAUGCGAACGAUGUAUCAGUCGGCCAUGUUUCAACGUCUUCAGGCGACCACCAAAUUGGCCACCCAAUUUAAUACAUUCCAACAUAUUAACGAGGCCAAUUUGUUGUAUUAUAUGUACAUUACAACGACCAUGUAUUACAAGGAUAACCCAUUACUUGGUGAUAGAAUUCGCAUAUUAUGGGACGAAACCCAGGAAACGGAUGAAAUCAUGUACGAUAUCUCGCAGUACAAGCUAAAUGGAGUGUUUGCCAUAUCCUUAGAUUGCAUUGAAUAUUAUGUGAAAACCUUCGGUCAACGUGGACUGGUAUAUACUGGGAAACACACGGGCAUAAACUACAAUCUGGGCAUGUAUUAUCCCAAAGUAUCUCCACUAGUGAAACCGUUUAACACAAUUAUCGGUCGAUAUGAGACGGCUGGAUUAAUAUACAUUUGGAGGGAGCAAUUUCGUGACACCCGAUAUUGGAGUAACGCUCAAACCCUUCCUGAGAACAAGAGUUUGCAAUGGCAACACGUUUCGGGGGCAUUCUAUCUGUGGGCGCUCUUUCUGACCUUUGCCUUGGUUGUGCUGCUUGGAGAGAUUAUAAUGAAGCGUAGAAAAAUAAAACAUUCAAGUAGUAGUACGUAUGUAAAGAGCCAAUUCCAAUGCUUCUUGUAUUAA